UAACUCAGAACAAUUACAGUUAGUUCGUUUUAACUCGCGGUGUCGUUAUAAAAAAUAAAACGCGCUCAGUUUUUGCGCGGCAAAAAUGUAUCAAGAUACGGAAAAUGCUAUGUCAAAAGUUAAUAAAUUUGAAACUUCGAUUUCGGAGUUGAAAAAGAAAUCAUUUGUGACUGCCGCUGAUUUGGAGAGCUUUUCGGACAAUGACUUAACACCAGAAUACUUAGAGGCUUACCGAAAUUCUCUUGAGAACCCUGAGGCGUUUUGGAGUGAAGUUGGCAAGGAGUUGGAAUGGACACGACCAUGGGAUCAAGUACUAGAUGAUAGCAAUCCACCUUUCACCAAAUGGUUUGUAGGUGGUGAGAUGUCAGUAUGCUACAACGCAGUCGACCGUCAUGUAGUCCAAGGUCGCGGAGAUCAGGUCGCGUUGGUGCAUGACUCACCACUUACGGAUACAGUCAAGAGAAUAACUUACUCUGAGCUGCAGGAUCAGGUAUCUCGUAUGGCAAGCAAGUUGACUUCACUAGGCGUGACUCGAGGCUCUCGCGUUGUAAUCUACAUGCCCCUUAUCCCAGAAGCCGUUAUAUCAAUGCUGGCCACCAACAGAGUUGGUGCUAUACAUUCCGUUGUAUUUGGGGGUUUCGCCGCAAGAGAAUUGAGAACUAGAAUAGAACACGCAGAGCCCACUGUUAUAAUUGCAGCCAGCUGUGGAGUUGAGCCAAAUAAGAUUGUCAGGUAUAAAGAUAUAUUAGACGAAGCUUUGUGCCAAAGCUCGCACCAGCCGCGCAAUUGCAUUAUUUACCAACGCCGCAGAGUUCUCGAAUGUCACUUGGAGAAGGAUAGAGAUAUAUGCUGGGACGAAGCGAUGGAAAGUGAACCUGUGCCCUGUAUUUCAUUAGAAGCUAAUGAACCACUAUACAUUUUGUAUACUUCAGGUACCACUGACUCUCCAAAAGGUCUUCAAAGACCCUGUGGACAUGCAGCAACAGUUUGCUGGUCGAUGCGUUCCAUAUAUGGCCUUAAACGUGGAGUGUGGUGGGCGGCAUCAGACCUCGGCUGGGUAGUGGGACAUUCUUACAUCUGCUAUGGACCAUUAUUAGCUGGUCUUACCUCUGUGCUGUAUGAAGGGAAGCCUGAUAGAACACCUGAUCCUGGGCAGUACUUCAGGAUAAUCGAACAACAUCGCGUGAAUGCAUUGUUCACAAUACCAACAGUAUGCAGAGUACUGAAACGGGCCGACGCAUGUGGAAAAUACGCGAGACGGUACUGCAUCAAAACAUUAAAGAGCGUUUUCGUGGCUGGAGAGCACUGUGAUCAGGAAACAAGGCAUUGGGCGGAAAGAACUUUCGGUGUGCCCGUGUUAAACCAUUGGUGGCAAUCGGAAUCUGGAUCUCCCAUAACUGCAGCUUGUCUGGGUUAUGGAGUGAAGAGUAUACGACCACAUUCCGCCGGGUAUCCUGUGCCCGGUUAUGAUUUAAGAGUUUUAAGAGAAGAGGGUACCGAAUGUCAGUCUGGUGAAGUAGGACGUCUCGUCGCAAAGUUACCUCUACCACCUGGCUUCUCUACUACUCUAUGGAACGCUGAUGACAGAUUUAAGAAAGUCUACUUCGACAAAUAUCCAGGCUUUUAUGACACACAAGACGUGGGUUGGAUCAGCCCUGAAGGCGCGGUUUGGGUUGUAGCAAGAGCUGAUGACGUCAUCAAUGUGGCUGGCCACAGAUUAUCGACGGCAGCUAUAGAAGACGUCGUAUUAAAACACGCGAGAGUAGCUGAUGCUAUGGUAGUGGGAGCUCCAGACUUGACUAAAGGCGAUGUCCCUCUAUGCUUGUAUGUUAUGAGACCUCCGCAAGAUGACGAAGAAAUUGUCUCCGAGGAAACAGUGACGCAAGAGCUGAUAGCAUUAGUUCGUCACCUAAUAGGUCCAAUAGCCGCUUUUAGAAAGGCCAUAGCUGUACCCGCACUACCUCGAACUCGAUCAGGCAAGGCCCUCAGGGGCGCUGUAGCCAAAUUGGCUCGAUCCCAACAAAUAAAACUUCCCGCAACUAUAGAAGAUGCCACCGUAUUCCCAGAAAUAAAACUUGCACUUCAAAAAUGCGGGUAUGCCAUUGACGCCCCUGAUCCAGAGACAAAUUGAGGAAUUGAAUUAUUUUAGAUAUAAUUCUAGUACAAAAUGUAGCGAUUAAACUUUAAGUUGACCUUUGUAUAAAAUUUAAAUUUUAAUCCUGUUUAUUACCCAGACAUUUUUAACAAUAGACCUAUCGUGAUGCCAAAUUAAAUCUCAUCAAAAGAGUGUACUCCUACGAAAAUAGUGAUUGUAUUAAAAAAUUAUACUUAGUUAGACUAUGUGAUCUAUUAUUUAAAAAAAACGAUUACUGUUUGCAUUGUUUUAGCCAAUUCGUUUAUACUUUUAUAUACAUUCAUUCAUUAUACAUGUAUUCGGAGGUGUAUCCAAAUUAUUUUUGACUAAUUAAAAAAAACUAAAAAAUACAAUAAAAAAUAAGGACCGAAAUCGCCUAUUUAUAAUUACGAUAUAUUAUGCCUUUGUGUCGUAUAUUUUUAUUUAGGCCUCUAUCAUGGUAAGGUAAAGUAUUGAUUAGUUUUCAAUUAUUUAUAAUUGCAAGCUUAAAACUAAUGCCUUUAAUCAAACGGUAUGUAAACUAUAAAGUACCUACGGUAAAGUCGUGAACUUGACACUAAUUAUUGAAGACCGUGAAUUUUUAUAUCAUAGAAAAUUAUCUAUGCUAUAGAGGAUUUUAUAUUAUAUAUUUUAUUAAUAUAAGUAAAGAACUUAGUAAAUUGAUCAUGUAUUUACUUUUUGUAACUUAAGAUUUUGUAUAAUCCUGGAAUAUCUUGGUAUGUCUUUUUUAAUGUAAGAUACAUAAAUUUAUUAUUAUAAAAUAACAAAACUUUCAAUAUUAAAUCCUGUAUUUUCUUCAUUUGGUUUAUGCUCCGGUUAAUAUUUCUAUAAGUUAUUUAUUUCAUGUUGAAUGUAAAUAUGUAAUGGCGUUGUUUUUUUUAAUUGUAUAAGUGGAUAAUAGAAAUAUAAGGCUGAAUGUGCAGUUUUAUUUGGCAACAUAAAACAAAAUAUAAAGUCCUGAUUUGUUUCGGUAAGUCGUGAAACAUGAUUAAGUCGUUAAAACAGAUUAAGGAUCAGUCUUCACCCUUGUCUGCACGCUGUCAUGGAGAGAAAUCAUAAUUAUUUUAUUUAUUGAUAAAUUUCUUCUGAGCACUAAUUUUCACUCAGUUUUUUAGUCGCAUGUAUUAUCACGAUAUUGUUAUUUAAGUCACUUGUUUAUUUAAAU